AUCACAACGGGGUUCCCAUUUUUUGCAUUUCUUUUGUUGGCUGGAUGGACGUUGCCACAGAAGAUGAACCUGAGUGUCGCAUCUGUAGAGGCACUAACGAACCUGAUAGACCCCUCUUCCACCCUUGUCGAUGUUCUGGCAGCAUAAAGUACAUCCACGAGGAUUGUCUUGUGCAAUGGUUGAGUGAAAUGCGAAGUGAACGCUGCGAACUCUGUGGCUCCACUUUUCGUUUUAUUCCAGUAUACAAACAAGAUAGUCCCAGUCGUUUGAGCUUCUUUGAGUUGUUAAGCGGUGUGGUUUCCUUCUUAUUAGAAACUGGAAGCUUGUUUGGACGGUUAUGUGUGGCUUGUUUGGUAUGGCUCUGUGCAGUUCCUUUGGUCUCCAGCAUGACUUUCCGAGCUUGCCUUUGUCGGUCUGUUAUAGAAUUGUCAACUAUAGUGCCCUGGAGUUUGACUGGUUUGGGUUUGGAAAUACUAAAGGGAUAUAUAGUAUGUUGUUCUGUGCUGAUUCUUUUUCUCGCUACAGCCUCGUUUCGCUCCUUUUUACAAGAUCUCGAAAGAGAAAGGAGAGAAGAAGAAAGAAUAACUAACCAAAGAUUAGCAUACAGUGCUUCCAAUUAUGGAAACAACACUAUGGAAAGUCGUCAAGGAAGCCGUGACGUAGAACAAGAAAGUCCUGAAGGAGACAGAGUAGAAAGAGCACUAUUCCCUGCGUUUCUUGAUGGAGAAAGAGAGGAAGGCAGUCUUGGCGCAAUUCUUGGAAUAACAGGACCACUGCACGUUCUAAUGGAUGUCGCUGGCUCAGUGCUGUUAAGUAAUGCAUUUAUCUUUUUUCUUUUCGUUUUGGCGCCAUCAGCUGUCGGUCACGUCGUGACUUUGUUUGCAACAUCUAUCGGAUUUUCUUGUAAAGUAACUCUUUUCGAGUUUUUUGGAGAAGACCGAACUCGUCUACUCUAUUCAUUUCUUAGUAGUAAGAUAGGCAAUGUCAUUGUUGGAUACCUUGUUUUGACAAUGAUUCUGGGCACCUUAUCAUUAUGGGUGGAAGUUUUCAAGGAUCAUUAUUCCUUUCAAUUUCAAAGAGUAAUCAAUAGGUAUCUCUUAUUUGUUAACGAUGCUUUUCUAUUCGUAAAGGUUGUGGCCCUAUUGAUUAUUGAACUGGGUAUUUGUCCUUUCUUUUGUGGUUUGCUUAUCGAACGAUUUUCUUCUUCUCUCUUUUAUUCUCAACUUCGUCCAGAAAGACUUUCAAUAAUAGGAGAUCCUUUCUUCUCCUCUUUAAUUCAUUGGUUUUUGGGAGUAUUCUUUACAUUCAAUACAUCAAUGUUUAUUCAAACACUGCGAACUAUUGUUCGACCCGAAUUGUUAUUCUUCUUUCGCAACCCUGAUGAUCCAGACUUUCAUCCAUUUCGUGACCUGGUGGAGUUACCUAUAGCAGUUCAUUCAAAACAAAUAAUUCUAUCCCUCAUACUUUUUGUUUUCAUUAUUUUCUGUUCAGUUUUCGUUCCAACGUGGAUCCUGCAAAAGGUGUACCCCUCUCUUUUUCCGUUUCGUAUCGAGAUGAGGGAUACUUUGACUGAAGGUCCCAUUUGUAUUCUUCUGUUUCGUUUUCUCUUGCCUCUUAUUUCAAAACAAAUUCAUGUGAGACAAACAUUGAAGCAGUUGCUUGUAACAUAUAUAACUGUAACCAGUGAACUGCUUUGUAUCAAGGAGUUGGUGGUUCUCGAUUCCAUAGUUGGAAGAACGAAUAUGAAUGGUGUCCAGGAUAUCAGGAGAAGAGCAAGUUCAUUUUCUAUUGUUUCUCUUACCGUCCGUGGAUUACUCAUGUUAUUUGGCUUCUGGGUCUUAUUUAUAUCCAUGAUUCUUAUUAGCUUCAUUCCUUUAUAUGUUGGACGUCGUAUCUCUUUGAACAUCGGAUUUGAUCAUCCAAACGAUAUUUAUCAUUUCAUAUUGGGAUUUCUUGCUUUAUUUUUCUUUUACAGGUGUUGUUAUUCUUUGUAUGAUUGCAUACUGUUGAAUCCUUCCACAUCGAAGGCUACACUUGUCUUGAUGCAAUUGAAAGGCUUUUCCUUAGAAAUGAUGAAGAUUUUUGUCUGGUAUAUGAUGUUUCCAACUAUUGUUGGUGUUUUGAUUCAAAACACUUUUAUUAAUCCAGUGCAACUUUCCUCGGAUGAAACACCUUAUUACAACUUAUUUCGUUGUUGUUAUACUGGUCUAUUGAUAAUGAAGUCAUUUUGUAAGAUGCGUCAUUUGAUUCACUACUUGUUUGAACGCCGUGGAGCAAUGAUGGGUGUCGAGGCUGUGGAAGAGCAUGCAAAUACUCUCUUGUUUUCACUUCAUGAUCGCAGAAUAUUGUUACCGGUAAGUGUAUUGCCAAGACCUGUGGAUCCUUGUCAUUACGUUAUUUUAGUGGAUGAUCAAUAUGAGUUUAGUGUUUAGUACUGUCUAUCUUUUGAUCAAUGUUGUGCUGCCUUGUUUUGUACCGUUUCCAAUUGCCAUUCAGUGGCUCGAUCAUCAUAUCUAUCUUAUCCUUUUUGGUCAUUGGGCUAGCGUUUCCUUAUC